AGGGGGGCGCUGUGACGCGGCAGCCCCGCGUCCCCGUCAGCAGCCAUCUGCCGCAGUCGCUCUGGUCGGAGGGAAAAUGGACGACUGAGGGAAGACGGAGGGACGUCGUCGUCUCUGGAGCCUAUCCUUACAUUUGUGCUAAGAACUGAUUUGAUGUCAUUUUGUGUCAGGACACCUCCCUACUCAUCACUGCUGAAUUCCAGCUUUAGACGUUGAGUUUGAAAGUAGUGACUCCAUCGUCUAUGGAGGGGAAUGUGAACCCUGAGCUCUGUCUAGCUGCUGAGCCAGAGCAGAGCCAGGACCGUUUGGAUAGCUGCUCACAAGGCUCGGGAGAAGGAAACGGUGACCGAAAGGAACAGUUUCAAACAGAAAGCAAAAAUGCAGCAAACGAUCGACUAGAGCAGUCGGAUAAACCACCAAAAGCCAAGAGCGAAGUGAAGAAGACCUGGGGCUUUCGUCAGUCCACCGUCGCAAAGAGAGAGAUGCCAGUGGAAGCGGUGACGGACAGCCUCCCCGUGCGGCGCAGCGGCCGCCAGCCCAAGCGCACCGACAAACUGGAGGAGUUCCUCUCCACGGCCAAGAGAGGCUCCCGGAGGAGCGCUCCCCCCAGCCUGGAGAGCGGGGAUCCUCCUUCCCAGACCCCCACCGACGCAGAGACGGCUUCGGAGGCCAGCUUCGAUGGCAACGCCGACUCCAAGGCCGCCGAGGACAAAGCAGAGUCCCCGGAGAGGAGGACGAGAAGCAGCGCCAAGAAGCAGGCCCAGAGGAAAACUCUGGUAGGCAGACUGACGAGGAGCGGAGGCAGAGCCGCCCUCAGAGAUGAGGGCAGCUCUGAAAACGAAGAGGACAGCAAGGACGCGCUCAACACCAAUCAGUCGCCGCAGAAGAGCGAAGAGAAAAAAGAGGAGAAAAGCGAGCCCGUUCCUGAAGACGUAGGGAACGUCACCGCGCCCCAGACUCAGCCCGAGCAGAACUCUGAGAAGAAGGAGGAGGUUGUUCCCCAGGGGGAGGAGAAAGAAUGUGGAGCUAAAGACGAUGAAACGGAGGAGACGGACACGGACGAAGGGGACGAGCCCGCGUCUCUGAUGGGGAAACGCGGACCGAUAAGGACAUACGUCAAUAAAAAGAAAGCCGUUAAAAAGAUCACUACGCCCGUCAAAGUCCUGCCCACUCCUGUAAAGAAAGAACUAAAACCCCAAGCUGCUGUGAAGAUGACCCGGCCCCAGAUGCUGCAGGAGGAGGAUGUCGACUCCUCCACCUCCUCUACCUCUUCUUCAACGACAUCUUCAUCAGCGGACUCUGACGAGGGAGGCUACGACCCAAACGCACUGUACUGUAUCUGUCGGCAGAAACACAACAAACGGUUCAUGAUCUGCUGCGACCGCUGUGAGGAGUGGUUCCACGGGGACUGCGUGGGCAUCACCGAGGCCCGCGGCCGCCUCAUGGAGAGAAACGGGGAAGACUACAUCUGUCCCAACUGUACGGCAAAGAAGAACCAGGUGGUCCGACCCGCCACGUCCAUCCUCCCCACGGCUGCAGACGCCGGCCGGCCCAGAGCCGACGCCGGCUCUGCCGCUGCCAUGACGUGUACGGCAGCAGAGAGAGUCCCCCUCACCGGGGCGAUGGCUGGACCUUCGGCCGGUCAGACCGCCGGCCCUCAGGCCUCCCCGGCGGCCGGGGCGGAGGAGAAGGGAGCAGAGGACCUGGGCAUCAAGGGGAGGAUCGAGAAGGCCAUCAAUCCCACCGGGAAAAAGAAGAUCAAGAUCUUUCAGCCGCAGGUGGUUCAGCAGCCGGUUGAGCGUAAGGCAGAACAAAAGGCCGCGGCUGCUGCGCCGACGACGACGACGGCGUCCUCAGCGGAGCAGAAGGCGCCAGCAGACACGGAGCCCAAGGUCGCGACGGUGGUGGAGGUGAAAACGACGCCCACAGCAGACGUCCCGGAGGACACGCCCGGCCCGCGGGCCGAGGAGGACGCCGCGCCUAAGUGUAUCGGGCCGGGCUGCGACAGCGUCGCCCAGCCAGACUCUGUGUACUGUGGGAAUGACUGUAUCCUGAGACACGCGGCUGCAGCCAUGAAGUCCAUCAGUGACGUCAGAGAGCCCAAGCAGAAGGACAAGGCUCAGAAAAACAAGCCUGCACCAAAGAGGAGCACUGCCGGCGGGAAGAAGGCACAGAGGAAGUCCCGGGAAGACUCUGACAGCGAGGAAGAGCUCAGCUCGGACCCGGACGAGGAUGAGGAUGAGGACGACGAAGACGAGCACGCCGAGGAGCAGCCGCCGCCGCCGACCACUGCCUCCUGGUCCAGUGACCAUAAUUACAUUGCAGUAACACCAGAAAAGACUUCACCCAUAUCACCAACAGUGUUAAACAAAAAGUCUCCUCCUCCCAAAGAAGAGCGGCCGGCCGAGAAGGAGCCGGCGCCGUCCCCCGAGAAGCCGGCGGCCUCCACGACCCCCACCCGGGGACGGAAGUCGCCCCCGGCCAGCAGGACCAGGGAGACCCGGGGAUCCGCCAGGGCCAAGAAGCAGCCGCCUCCGGCGGCCGCCUCACGGAUCUCCAGGAAACCCGUGACCCCUCCGAGCAAAAGCCCGGCCAAGUCCAAGAAGGCCCCGGCGCCGUCGGCCCCCCCGCCGAGUUCCCACCCUCCGGGUCCCAUCCACGUCACGGGGGCGCUCAGGGUCACCAAGUCCAACUUCACCAUUCCCAAGAAGCAGCCCCAGCAGCCGCAGCAGAAGGACGGCAGUCCCCAACGGCAGGCCUCGUCCCCCAGGGUCCCCUCGUCUCCCGCGCCCGCCGCCGCCUCCCCCGGCCCGUCCUCGGCCUCCAGACACCCCCCCCACCCGCAGGGGCCGCCCCUGCGGCCUCCGCCCAACAACCAGAUGAGGCAGAACAUCCGCCGCUCGCUCACCGACAUCCUCUUCAAGAGGGUGAGCGACAGUGACGAUCUGAAGAUGACUGAGGGGGAAGUGGGAAGGCUGGCCGUCGCCAUCGAGAAGGAGAUGUUCAAUCUGUGUCUGAGCACCGACAGCAAGUACAAGAACAAGUACCGGACCCUCAUGUUCAACCUCAAAGACCCCAAAAACAAAGGCUUGUUCUACAGGGUGAUGGGGGGGGACGUGUCGCCCUUCAGGCUGGUCAGGCUGAGCGCCGAGGAGCUGCUCGCUAAAGAGAUAUCCGAGUGGAGGAAACCUGACGCUCCCGAGGGUCUGUCUCCCAGGUCCCAUUCAGGGCACUCCAAACUGGGGAAGAGACAUGACUCCGGCUCCCACAUGGACGUGGACGACGCUCCACCAACGUCCGACGCAGAUGUAUGUAUUUCCGGCUCGUCUUCAGCUUCUCGCUUGGGUUCUGCUUCAGACCAGGAUGAAAGUGUCUUCAUCUCGUCGGCUCCGGCUCAGUCCUCCGCCCUGGAGGGGAGCGGCGGCGGCGUGGCAGACAUCUUCACCAGCAUGCUCAAAGACACCACGGCUGAACACAAGACUCACCUGUUUGACCUCAACUGUAAAAUAUGCACAGGACUGAAGGCAGAAGAUGAACCUGCAGCCAAGAAGGUCCGGCUCACCAAGAAGCCUGAAGCCAAGUCCCCCAGACCGGAGGGCGUCCCGUCUCUGGGCCCGGGCCAGCCCGGCCCGCCCUACCAGCACCAGGCCCCGCCCGGCCCGUCCUACCAGCACCAGGGCUCGUACCAGCAUCCACCCCCUCCAUCCUUCCACCCCAAGCCGGAGCCGGCGGCUGCAGAUUCAUCAGCAGCCCAGCUCUACCAGGAGGAGCCUCCGGCCCAGACCCCUCUCCCCGUCGUCCCCGCCGUCUCCUCCGUCAGCAUCUCCCGGAGAGACCCCCGCAUGGCCCGCCACUCGUCCGCUGUCAACAUCGCCCCCGCCGCCCCGGAAAAGCCCGCCGGGAGCGCGGCGGAGCCGCCGGCAGCUCCGGGCCCCGCUCUGGUGGAAGCUGCAGCCAAGGCGGCGCUGCCGAUGCCCCCGGCCCUGCCAAUGGCCCUGCCGCCACCGCUAGCUCUGCCGCCGCCACUGGCUCUGCCCCCGCCGCUGGUUCUGCCUCUGCCCAAGCCGGCCAAAACAAGCGUGUCCGAGCCCCCUCCCGAGGGAGAGACGGCCAUCUUCCUGCACGGCCAGGAGAAGAUCUGGAAAGGCUUCGUCAACAUGCAGUCGGUAGCCAAGUUCGUGACCAAGGCGUACCUGGUCUCGGGAGCGUUCGAACACCUCAAAGAGGAUUUGCCCGACACCAUCCACAUCGGGGGCCGGAUCUCCCCCGGCACGGUGUGGGACUACGUGGGGAAGCUGAAGACGUCCCUCUCCAAGGAGCUGUGUCUGAUCCGGUUCCACCCCGCCACGGAGGAGGAGGAGGUGGCGUACGUCUCCCUCUUCUCCUACUUCAGCAGCAGGAAGAGGUUCGGCGUGGUGGCCAACAACAACCGCCGCAUCAAGGACCUGUACCUCAUCCCGCUGGGCUCCAAGGACCCGCUCCCCUCCAAGCUGCUGCCCUUCGACGGGCCAGGGCUGGAACCGGCUCGUCCCAACCUGCUGCUGGGGCUGCUGAUCUGCCAGAAGGACAGGAAGCGAGCCGGAGCCCCGCUGGAAGCCGAGGAGAAGCGCUCCAAGACCCAAACCAAAGACGCAGAUGAAAUCGGACUUCCCAAGCCGCCGUCCUCCGCCAGAGCCGACCGGAGCACACGACAGGGCCCGGACAUCUCCUUCAGCACGACGCCGCCGGGCUCGCCUCCAUCCCACUCGUCUGACGGCGCUCCGGCUGCCUCCACCGCUGUUCCCGCCCCGUCAUCAGACAGGGAUCUGGUCACAUCCACCACCUCGGAGAGGGAUUCCCCAUCCAGCUCCACGGCGGCCACCGCCACCCCUCUCCAGACGCUUCUCAGCACUCUCUUCAGGAAGAAGAAGGACCCGGACGCUUCCAACUCUCCGUCUGAUCUGACCGGGGACCUCCCCGCCCCGGCUAAGAUGCUAGACCCCAUCGUGCUGCAGUACGCCAAGGACGCCGGAGGGGAGGACGAAGACGACAGGCCGUACGACCCGGAGGAAGAGUACGAGCCCAGCAGGGGCUACGGCGUGCCCAAGAAGCCCUCCGAGGCCGCAAGCAAAGCGGAGGCCCCUAAAAAGCCUGAGGCGGUAGCCAGUGAAACGGACGAUGUGGCUUAUGACCCGGAAGAUGAAUCCAUCUUUGAUGACGUCCAAACGUCUGCGCCGGCGCCCGCCAAGCCUGCACCCGCCAAGCCCGCACCGGAAUGUAUCGCAGACCCGCAGAAGAUCUUGGAGAACCUGAAGAGGAUCGGAGGCCAGGUGUUGCAGAAGCAGGCAGAAGAGCGGGCAGCGUCCCCGGUGCCCCCCCCGGCGGCCCCCAACCCAGGUCCGGCCCAGCCGGCCGUCUCCCUGCUGGCCAGCACUCAGCUGCUCCAGCUGGGGAAGAAGGUGGAGGAGCUGGUGAAGUCCUCGUCGGUCCUUCCCCUGAUAAACCAGAGGAGGGACCCCAGGCAGAGCCGGGAUCCACGGCAGAAGCUGCCCGACGACCCGGAGGAGGAGGAGGGGGAGGGGGCCGCUCCUUCAGGGGAGCCCGCGGAGGAAGAGCAGCCCCAGCCCGACACGGACCAGCUUCCCGACUCCUCACAAGCCUCCCAGGUCUCACCGCCGCAGGAGGAGGCCAAGAGUGAGGCCCUGCCCUUCCUGCAGUCGGAGGACGAGGUGUCCAUUCCUCUGUUGGGAGAGACGGUGGAGCCGGACAUGGAGAUCAACUACAUGGACGACAAAGAGCUGAAGACGGAGGAGGAGGAGCCCGAGGAGGCGGAAACAGAGGUGGACAAGUACAGUCUUUGGCCAAAUGCUGCCAGUAUCUUAAAAGCGGGCGAGGACUCGGAGUACGACAGAGGCGGCAGAGGCGGCAGAGACGGCAGAGGCGGCAGAGAUGGCAGAGACGGCAGAGACUCCCCGGGCUACUACCGGGGCCAGGCCGAGGCCAUCACCUCCACCAUCCCGGUGCUCACCCAGAGCUCUGCGGCCGUGGACUCCCGCCACAUGUCGCACCACAUGUCGGCGCCCAGCUUCGACAACGAGUACAGACCCGACAGCCGUCAGGCCGACAGCUUCCCCGCGCCCCGCCCCGCGCCGGGGCAGAACCUCCGGAUGGGGCCCCCGCCGGUGUCCAUGCUGCCCCCCAUCCAGCAGCAUCCUCCCAUCUCGGGCCCGCUCCCCAUGCAGGGGCACCCCCCGCCCCUCCACGCCCCCCCCCUGGCACGGGGUCCUCUCCCCAUGCAGGGGGAGGGCAGCCAGCAGUACGGCCCGCCUCCAUCCUCGUACCCGCGCUUCCAGAACCAGUGGCCCAGCGGCCAGCUGCCACCCCAGCAGCUGCCGCCCCAGCAGCCCCCGCCCGGGCCUCUACCCGGGCCGCUCCCCGGGCCACUCCCCGGGCCACUCCCCGGGCCCCCGCACCAGAACAUCAUGCCCCCCCGAGGGCUGCCUCCACCAUUCCCUCCCAUCGCUCAGAGAGGGCCCCCUCCCCAGAUGUUCGACCCCUCCAUCCCCCACCAGCACAUGGGACAACAAGCCCCGCCCCCAGGCCUGCCCCCACUCCCUGCUUUUGACGGACAGAACAGUUUACCUGCACCCAGGUUUGCCGGUCCUCCUCCCUUCAACUUCGCCCCCAGCAGAGCUCCACCCCCACCUUUCCCCACCCUACCGCCUGGUCCCUUUGACAACAGGCUCCCCCCUCCAGCCCUCUUCCAGGGCCCCAAGGGCCCCCCCCCAUCCCAGUACGUAGACCAGCAGUACAACACAGACUCUCCCAACAACGUGUUCACGCCCAGCAGGGACCAGAACCCCAACACUCACCCCAACCCUCACCACCUGUUCAAGGACAGUCCGGGCCUCCCCGCCGGCCCCACCUACCGGGCCCCCCCGCCCGGCCAGUACGAGGGCAGGAGGGGACCCCCCGGAGACAUGGGCUCGCUGGGCGGGCAGAUGUUCACUCCACACAACCCGUACGGCAACUCUAGACCUUCCUCUCCACCAACGCACCGGGGGUCGUUCGACGAGCUGCGGGGCCUCCCGUCCCAGGAGCCCCGGCCCCACCCGUCCCACCCGGCCCCGCCCUUCGGCGGGUCGGAGCGCUACCGCUUCGACUGGCACUCGGACGAGCACAGAGCCGUGCGGCACAGCGGCCCACUCCUGCCGACGCCCGCCGACGGCUCCCACGGCCCCCCCGGCCGCCUCAGCCCGGACCCCCACAGGGACGACCCCUGGCGCCGCCACUCGCCCGACCGGAGGAGGAGCAGCAGCACCCACGAUGACGCGGAGCCGCGCGGCCCAGAGAGAUUCAGCCGCUUCGAUGGCUCGGCGCCGUCCGCCGACGACCGGCGGGAGCUGCCGGAGGACCGGCGGCGGGACAGGGAGAGGGAGGGCUCGCACGGGGGGCGGCCCUCCUGGGACCGGGACCGGGGGCAGGGACGGCGCUGGAGCCGGGAACGGGAACGGGACUGGGACCGGGUCAGAGAGAGGGACCGGGAGCGGGAUCCGGAGCGGGACCGGGACAACCGGGAGCGGGAUCCGGAGCGGGACCGGGACAACCGGGAGCGGGAUCCGGAGCGGAACCCGGAGCGUAACCGAGAGCGGAGCCGAGAAAUGGAGCGCGGCCGAGAAACGGACCGCGGCCGAGGAAGGGACAUUGAGAAACACAGGGAGACGGAGGGAGAGCAGCACAUGGAGCAAGACCCGGAGAAGAGGAGAGACAGGGAGAGGGACAGGGAUAGAGAGAAGGACAGGGACAAGGACAGGGAGCGGGCUAAGGACUCUGACCGGAGGGACUACGACCGCGACAGGACGAGAAACCGAGAACGCGAGCGAGACAGAAGACGAGAGCGGUCCAGAAGCAGAGGUAGAGACCGGGAGCGGGAGCGUGGGAAAGACCCAGUCAGGGACCUGGUCAAAGACCGGGACAGGGACAGGGACAGGGACAAGGACCGAGAAAAGGACCGGGACAAAGACCGAGAAAAGGACCGGGUCACAGACAAAGACAAGGGCAGAGACAAGGACCGGGACAGGGAAAGAGAGCGGGACCGAGAGAGGGACCGAGAGAGGGACAGGGAAAGAGACCGGGACCGAGACAGAGAGAGGGACCGUGAACGAGACAGAGACAGAGACAGGGAUAGGGACCGGGACAAAGACAGAGACAGAGAGAGAGAGCGUGACAAGAAUCGAGAUCGGAGAGAAAAGAGCCGGAGCAGAGAAAGGAAAGAGGACAGAAAGGACAGUAAACACGAGCCGUCUAAAGUCAAACCCACAGACAAUGAGAAGGACUCGUCCUAGUCUCUGUUUUUCCUCUUUUGGGACAUUGAACUAUCAUUUUUACACUCUUUAAUCAGACGUCACCGUAAAUGUAGAGCAGUAUUUGGUAAAGUUCCCGCAGCUGUCUGUCUGUUCUGGGGGAAGAAAACGUCACAUUUCUUUGUCACUUUAAGGAUUCUGUUUGUUUUAUUAGCUCUGAAAUCGAGGCCGUCUUAAGUUUCUCGUGUACAAGCGUCAAGCUCACCGCUGAGUUCUACUACACGUACCUUUUUCUCUUGUUGAAGCAUUUUUUUUAAAGAAAAAAAUUAACCGAUAAAUCUCCAUUUACAAAAUGUAAAUAUGAAAAUAUUUCUGUACAUACUGAUGUUUUUAGUCCUGCUUUUCUAAGGCGAGAAAGUCCAAGCCAUAUAUUUGAGGUGCAUGAUGGGAAGGUGAAGAGGAAACACUGUUGAGACAUGUAUGAGUGUGUGUGUGUGUGUUCGUUCAGUGGCUUUGAACCGAAGCUUCUAUUUACAGAAUACAUCCCAUAAAUAGUUCUUGUAAGAUGUCCAGAUUUUGUUUCUGCUUGACCAAUUAAAUUUCUUUGGUGAAAAUUU